GACCGGUAGCACCUGGGCUGAUGUGGGGGCACCGGGGGGGCCUGGCUCUGUCCCCUCCCCCACUCUCCUGGGGGGGCACCCGGCUGGCGGGGGGGGGGCUUGGGCCUUGGGCCUGGAUGCUUCCAAAAAUGCAAUAAUCUAAUUGCAUAAAUUUACAUAAAUUUGCAUAAUCACCCGGCUGCCUCUCCGGGCCAGUGAGCACGGCUCGGCCUUGUCAAUAGCCCGUGAGAGCUGCGCCCCCUCCGCGGCCAACACCUCCCCGGCCCGGACACCUUCCUCCGGCCCUGCUCAGGUUCCCUCCGUCCCCAGCCAUGGCGGCGCGGGUGGCUCAGCGGGACACCGCCGAGCGCUACCUAUUUGUGGACCGGGACUCGGUGGGGAACCCGGCCACGCAGGCGGACUGGACGGCCAAGCGGCUGGUGUGGGUGCCCUCGGAGCGGCACGGCUUCGAGGCGGCCAGCCUGCGGGACGAGCGGGGCGAUGAGGUGCUGGUGGAGCUGGCGGAGAACGGGCGCCAGGUGCUGGUGCCCAAACACGAGGUGCAGAAGAUGAACCCCCCGAAGUUCUCCAAGGUGGAGGACAUGGCCGAGCUGACCUGCCUCAACGAGGCCUCCGUGCUGCACAACCUCAAGGACCGCUACUACUCCGGCCUCAUCUACACGUAUUCAGGGCUGUUCUGUGUGGUCAUCAACCCCUACAAGAACCUGCCCAUCUACACGGAGCAGAUUGUCGAGAUGUAUCGGGGCAAGAAGCGCCAUGAGAUGCCGCCCCACAUCUACGCCAUCUCGGAGGCCGCCUACCGCAGCAUGCUGCAGGACCGAGAGGAUCAAUCCAUCCUGUGCACGGGCGAGUCCGGCGCCGGGAAGACGGAGAACACCAAGAAGGUGAUCCAGUACCUGGCCCACGUGGCCUCCUCCCACAAGGCCCGCAAGGAGCAGAGCGUCCCGAGCUCCGGCCCCGUCUCCUACGGCGAGCUGGAGCGGCAGCUGCUUCAGGCCAACCCCAUCCUGGAGGCCUUCGGCAACGCCAAGACAGUGAAAAACGACAACUCCUCCCGAUUCGGUAAAUUCAUCCGGAUCAAUUUUGACGUGGCCGGCUACAUUGUUGGAGCCAAUAUAGAGACAUACCUGCUGGAGAAAUCUCGCGCCAUCCGCCAGGCUAAGGACGAGAGAACCUUCCACAUCUUCUACCAGCUGCUGGUGGGGGCAGGCGAGAACACAAAGG